AAACUGUUGCAUCACCGAGGAAAAUUGUAUAUAUGUUGACAAUUGUGUAUGAAUGUUAAGUAGGGGAUUCUAUUUUGAGCACCUGGAAUUUCGUGGUGUGUAUCAUGCGAUGACAAUAAAGGAAUCUUUUAACUUUAAUCUUACAUCUUUACGCUUUAAUGCGAGUGACGUCAUUCAACUUCCGCUAGCAUUAGCGGCCGGCGCUUGUUGACAGCAACCGCCGCUUAGCACAACACUAUCACUGUAGCUUCGCCGUGUUGUCGUCGGGGACAAUGGCAUCGACCAACGCAUUCAAACUCAGGUGCUCCAUCCCGGGCCACGAGAUGGACGUCAGGGGACUCGCCGCUGCCGCUUUCCCGGAGGGAGCGUUCGUGUCCGUGUCCAGAGACCGAACCGGAAAAGUCUGGGUACCAAACUCAAGCCCGGACAAAGGCUUCACAGAGAUGCACUGCAUGUCCGGCCACUCGAAUUAUGUAUCCUGUGUAUGCAUGAUCGCACCCACUGACACAUAUCCUCAAGGACUCAUUGCCACAGGCGGGCACGAUAACAAGAUAUGCGUUUUCAAGCUGGACCAGCCACAGCCCCUGUUCACCCUCGAGGGUCACAAAGACACAGUUUGCGCUCUGUCGUCCGGGAAGUUUGGGACACUCCUGAGCGGCUCCUGGGACACCACAGCGAAGGUGUGGCUCAAUGAGAAGUGCAUGAUGACUUUGCAGGGCCACACUGCGGCAGUUUGGGCAGUGGUCAUAUUACCUGAACAAGGCCUCAUGCUAACUGGAUCAGCAGACAAGACCAUUAAGCUUUGGAAAGCUGGUCGAUGUGAGAGAACGUAUACAGGUCACGAGGGCUAUGUAAGGGGACUAGCAGUGAUCAGCAACACAGAGUUCUUCUCUUGCAGCAAUGACUCCAGUAUCAGAAGGUGGCAUGUGACAGGCGAAUGUCUACAGGUUUAUCACAGCCACACUGACUACAUCUACAGCUUAGCAGUUUUCCCCAAUUGCCAAGAUUUUGUUAGCACAGGAGAGGACAGGACAUUGAGGAUAUGGCGGCAGGGAGAGUGCUCUCAGACCAUCCGCCUGCCUGCCCUGUCUGUCUGGUGCUGUUGUAUUCUUCCUAAUGGAGAUAUUGCUGUUGGAGCCAGUGAUGGAGUUAUCCGUGUUUUUACGCAAGCUGAGGACCGCAUUGCCAGUGUAGAGGACCUGCAGGCCUUCGAGGAAGAGCUCUCCAAAGCCACAAUUGACCCCAAGACAGGCACGCUUGGCGACAUCAAACUGGAGGAUCUGCCAGGAAGGGAACACCUUCUUGAGCCUGGAAAUCGUGAUGGGCAGACACGGCUGAUUAAGGAUGGACAGAAGGCGGAGGCAUAUCAGUGGAGUGUCAGCGAUGCCCGCUGGGUAAAAAUCGGAGAUGUGGUCGAAGGCUCAAACCAACAGACUUCCAAAAGUGUGAUGUACGAAGGAAAGGAAUACGACUUUGUCUUUACCAUCGAGGUGAAUGAGGGAGGGCCGUCCAUGAAGCUGCCUUACAACCUGUCAGAGGACCCCUGGCUGACGGCGCACAACUUCUUGCAGAAGAACGACCUCAGCCCCAUGUUCCUCGACCAGGUUGCCAAUUUUAUCAUAGAGAACACCAAAGGUCAUGUGGUGGGACCAGCACAGCCCACUGUUGCGGAUCCAUUCACUGGAGGAGCUCGAUAUAUCCCCGGGUCUCCUGAUAAUAUGCCAGGCUUUGGAAAUGAUCCAUUCACGGGCUCUGGUCGCUACAUCCCGGGGGCUGGUCUGAACCCAAGUGCUCCUGUAGGCGUGGCAGAUCCCUUCACAGGUGGAGGUGCCUACUCCUCAGCAGCUCUCAGGCAGAUCGCGACCAACAUCUACUUCCCCAAGACUGAUGGCGUGACCUUUGAUCAAGCCAAUACCACACAGAUCAUUGCCAAGAUGAAGGAGCUUAAUGAAGGUGCCCCUCAGAAGCACAAGCUGUCUGAGGAAAUUCUGGAAAGCCUGGAAAGGCUGCUGAUGGCUGUCUGUGGGCCCAACUCCUCUGAAGCUCCUCCAAACCUCCAGCAGAUCAACCUCCUCUGGAAGGCUUCUCACUGGCCUGAAGACAUAGUGUUUCCGGUCCUGGACAUUAUGAGACUGGCGGUGCGCCACCCGCAGGUUAACGAGAGCCUCUGCGGCGAGGCAGAGGGAGUCCAGCUGUGCAACCAUCUGCUGAGCCUGAUGAGGCCUGAGGGGCGUCCAGCCAACCAGAUGUUGGCACUGCGGACUCUGUGUAACUGCUUUAGUGGCAGGCAUGGCCGAGCCCUCCUCAUGGCCCAGCGUGAAACUGUGCUAUCGCGUGCUGCUGACCUGGCCACCGUCAACAAUAAGAACAUCCACAUUGCCCUGGCCACUCUGGUGCUUAACUAUGCUGGCUGCCUGCACAGCCAACCCGAUCUCGAGGCCAAGGCCCAGUGCCUCUCUGUGGCCAGCAGAGCUCUGGAGACGGUACAAGACAAGGAGGCGGUGUUUAGGCUGCUGGUGUCCUUGGGAACCACUGUGGCCUCAGACCAAACAGCCCAGGACCUGGCUCGCUCUUUGGGGGUAAAUUCUCAGAUCUCCAAGUACUCAUCGGUGUCUGAUCCAUCUAAGUUGGCCGAGUGUUGUCAGUUGGUUUUAAAAGAACUUCAAUGAUGUGAAUGAUUGAAAAAAAAAAAUGAAGAGCACUUCUUUCUUACUAUUGCUCUGUUCUGCUAAAUCAGUUGUGGUUGAGACUUAAAUAAUGUAUGUUCUGCAAUAAAAAAAAGGACAAAUGAAGUCAAUGCA